UAAACGUUAAACUAAAGCUAAUUAGGGUUCAUCUCUAGAAAGAUAAAAUUUAAUUUUGGGUACUUCAAUCAUUGAUAAACCAAUUAAAAAUACAAAUAUAGUCACCAAACCAUUGACUGAGUAUGAAAUUGCAUUAUUUCAAACACUUUUGGGUCUGAAUUCCUCUUUUUAACCUAACCCUAACAACCUACCUACUAACACUUGACAAUCCACUUUACUAGAUUUGAGCAAUCCAAGAAGCAAUGACACUGAUUCUUUAGCUCAAAAUUGAGAGACAUGAACAGAAAUUCGUUGUUGUCCCACAAUUCUGGUACAUAUACAAGCCCAGGAACACCAGAUUACCUGGAUAACAGCAAUGUGGGGGGAAUUCAAAAGGGAUGGUGUUCGGAACGAGUACCGAUGCCGGUAAACCCUAGCCGGAGGCAUCUAAGUGCUGCUGGUUUGAUGCCAUUCAAUAGCGGAAGGACUCUGCCUUCGAAAUGGGAUGAUGCUGAAAGGUGGAUUACCAGCCCUGUUAUGGGAUAUGGUGUUAGCAAGAAUUCUUCAAAAUUGCAAUCUCAGAGACAAUCCAAGUCGAUGAGCGGUCCACUUGGCACUCCAGGGACUGUGUGCUACUCCAAUUAUUCGCUUGCCAUGCCGGUGCAGCAAGUAGGUAGUGUGAGGAAUUUCAUGGCUGGCUCGCCGUUUACAACUGGAGUACUGGUACCAGAUGGUCUGUCCAUUCAUUAUGGUAAUGGCAAUGGUGGGCAUUGUAAACCAGUACUCACUGUGAAUAAUGUGGGGCAAGAUGUUAGUCUACCCGGGUGGUCAGAUUUGUUAAGCGAGUCUUCGUUGCCCAGCUCCCGAGAUGAGAAGCUCGAGGACACUAAGGAUUCAGAAGACAUAGUCUCUCGUGUUGUUUCACGACAGGAUAUGGCAACCCAGAUGAGCCCCACGGGUAGCAGCCACUCAUCUCCCGAAGGAAUAUCAUCUUUCUCUACCUCUCCUCGUGCAAUCCUUUCCCUUGUGGAGUCAAACAGCAACUGUUCUGCUAAAUUGGAAGUCAGGGAUGUGCAGGUAGACAAACGAGCCCUCACGAUAAGGCAAUUCAAAGAGAAAGGUUCACCAGAUGUUGAGGACUUAACUUCACCUUGGGAUGCAGAGGCAACAAAUAACACAUCGAAGCUCCAAAGAGAUGAAGCCAAGAUCACUGCCUGGGAGAACUUGCAGAAGGCAAAAGCUGAGGCCAAAAUUCGGAAACUUGAGAUGAAACUGGAAAAAAAGAGAUCGGCUGCUAUGGAUAAGAUCCUGAACAAGCUGAGAAUUUCUCAGAUGAAAGCCCAAGAUAUGAGAAGCUCAAUUUCCGACAGUCAUGCCUCUCAGAUUCCUAGGACUUCCCACAAAGUUGUAUCCUUCCGUAAGUACAUAAAAAUGCGUUCCCUCAGCGGUUGGUUCUCCUGCCAUGCAUGCUAAUCCUUCCAAAUUCUCUUUCGAGAUUACCCUUGACACCAGGUUGAGGCUGUUGUUGUAUGAUUCCAAGCUCUUCUCUCCUACUGUUUGGCAUUUCGUGCUAAAUUGCUAAUUUGGAUUCAGAGAGAAAUGCUACUUGUAAGGUGAAAUAUGAAGAUCAAGGUUGCUGCUACUUUAAUGCCGACACAAGUCUUCGAAUCUAGUUCCACAGUAGCCGGGAGUAAAGCAUAUUUCACUAAGCUGUGGAAAAAGAAAAAGAAAACAAAAGACGGCCGCGAGGUCUCACUGCAUCCCUUGGUCGGGGUACAUAUGUAUUUAAAAACUCUGCUAGUAUUACACUAUAUUUUCAGGUACAGAUCUCAAAUUGAUGUCUAUUCGUCAUGUAUUUUUCCUGUCAUCAAAUUUUCUUUGAUAUGAUAUGAACAUUUUUAUUUUUAA